CCGCCGCGCUCCCGCCUCGGCCGGGCAGGCCCGGGCCGCCCCCCGCCCUGCCGCUUUCCUGAGCUGCCUCGUCCCAGCCCGGCCGGGAGGCGGUGGAGCUCUGCCUGCGCGGCAGGCGCGUCGCCCGCUUUCCUCAGGGGCCCGGAGCGCCGUAGCGCCAUGCGGUAAAUAGCGCCCCGGAGCUGCCUCCGCUGUCCCCGGCUGUUGUCCCGCGCCACCGCGGGCGUUGAGGGCGUUUGUAAGCUCUUCGGCGCGCUGAGGGGAGCGAGGAGGCUCCGUCGGCAGCCCAGGGCGCGUAGCCGGGGGCCGUGGCGCGGGAGGGGCCGCCGCGCCGCGCCUCGCGUUGCAGUGUUGCGCGCUCUGAGCGCGUCCUGCGUGGCAGCGGGUGCAAGGAGCGUCUGCGCCUGCGGGCAGCAGCAGGGAAACGGCAGCGUGCCAACGUAAUCACAAAAUAGUGGAAUAAUUUAAGUUGUAUGACCUUAUCUUCCCCGCUCUUUCACGUGUGCUUUAAUCAGAUAAUAUAAAAAUGGCCAACGUUUUUUCAAAAAAUGAAUCAAGGUCGUGAAUCAAGAUUUAGAAGUCUAUCCUGUGAAAGAACGUUUAAAGAGAAGUGUGGAACCUUGGUUUACAAAGAAUGGAAGAAUACAAAGUGUUGAAAGUGCUAGGAGAGGGAUCCUUUGGGAGAGCUCUCCUAGUUCAUCAUGAAAGCAGUAAUCAAAAGUAUGCAAUGAAGGAGAUAAGACUUCCAAUGUCUUCAUCCGAUGCAGAGAACUCCAGGAAGGAAGCUAUUCUAUUGGCUAAAAUGAAACAUCCAAAUAUUGUUGCCUAUAAAGAAUCAUUUGAAGCUGGUGGACAUCUUUAUAUAGUGAUGGAAUAUUGUGAUGAUGGAGAUCUAAUGCAAAAGAUUAAGCACCAAAGAGGAAAGCUGUUCUCUGAAGACACGAUCCUUCACUGGUUUGUACAGAUGUGCCUGGGUGUGAAGCACAUUCAUGAUAAACGUGUGUUGCACAGGGAUAUCAAGUCUAAGAAUGUCUUCCUCACUCAAAAUGGAAAAGUAAAAUUGGGAGAUUUCGGGUCUGCACGCCUUCUUGCACAUCCAGUGUCAUAUGCUUGCACAUAUGUGGGAACUCCUUAUUAUGUGCCUCCAGAAAUAUGGGAAAGCAUGCCCUACAACAACAAAAGUGAUAUAUGGUCUCUGGGAUGCAUUUUAUAUGAGCUGUGCACUCUUAAACAUCCAUUUCAAGCCAAUAGCUGGAAACAUCUCAUCCUUAAGAUAUGCAAAGGGUCCUACAAUCCACUGCCGUCUCACUAUUCCUAUGAGCUUCAUUACUUAAUAAAGCAGAUGUUUAAGAGAAAUCCCAAGAACCGUCCAUCAGCCACUACUAUUCUUGAAAGAGGUUGUUUAACCAAACUUAUCAAAAAUUGUCUGCCUUCUGAGACAUUCCAGAUGGCAUCUGAAUUUGAACAGGCAUUAAAGGAAACCAAGAAACAUGAGGGCAGUGCAGCAAGACCGAAAGGUAACAUUACAGCUAGUGGAAGCUCAAAUGAUGAGAAAAAAAAUAGGCAAAGUAAAGAAGGAAGUAGCAAAAGUAGCACCUUGCAACGGGAAAAUAUUACCAAGGAUUUGAGUGAAAACACACAAGAGCAAAGGAAAUCUGGUGAGGAAGCAGAAACUUCUGAAGUCCCCCCAGGAAUUACUUAUUUGUCACAUCCUCACAGGAGGCAAUGGAAGAAAAAGAUCUCUAAUGCCAUAGUGGAUGUCCUGGAAAAUGCAUCCUUGCUUUCUUCCAGUUUUACAUCUGAAGAGAUUAAAAGUGGCUGUGUUACAAAGUACAGUGAAAAUAAGCCACGUAAGCAGUGGAACAAGGAAACUCCUCAGACUCUAAUGAACAUUCUCAGUAAUGCAGAUGUCAGCUUAGCAUUUAAAACAUACACCAUUUAUAAACCAGCUUUUGAAAAUAUAUUAAAAGGGCCACUUUCUGAUGGAACGGAAACAUCUGACGAAGUAGAUGGUGAACAUGAAGCUAUUAUCACAGAUUUGGAGAGGCUUGAGCCUAGAACUGAUGAAGAUGACACGGACUUUGAUGAGGAAGAUGAUCCAGAUUGGGUGUCGGAACUUAAAAUGAUAUUGAAACACAGUAACUGAAAGCUUGAAUUUCUGUACAACAACUGAAGAACUUAUACUUUCUGAUAUUUAUAAUGCAAAUCAGGAUUUGUUGUAGUUAUUAAUAAAAGGAUCUCAGUCAAUUAA